UAUCGCAGUCACGUGGAGAAACAUGUCACGGCUGUAGAAACAGCGGGAGAGAAAACAGAUUUGUCUACAGGGGUUAUUUACCAGAGGAGAGUUGCAGCUUGCUAGAAUGUACUUCCUGAAAUUUUAAGAAAGGUCAGCGUCUUAAAAGUGCCCAGCAUCUACUUGGAAGAGGAAUCUUGACUUAAUUCGCAGAAAAGAAGUUUGGCUGUGAAAACUCAUUGUCUUACAUGGACACAGUACGUGUCUCUGAGUGCGGAGUCUGUCUUCAGAGAGAGCUUGGAGAACCCACGCUGGACAGACUUUACACGGGGGGGCAGAAGAGCAGUUACAGGGGCACGUUUGCUCAGCUGUGCGUUGGAGGCAUUUGCUCAGUUUAAAACAAAAU